AUGUGCGGGGGAAGGGGUAGAGGGUUGGAGGCGAUUUGUAGUGGCGGUUGUUUACCAUCAGCAAAUAAGAACAAAGAAGCCGUGGAAAAAACGCACUUAGGCACGUUCACACCUGUUCACACCGGCGAAGAGCGCACGCAAUACCUGUUGUACUCGCGAUGGUCUAUUUGGUGUAAUAAUAACAUGGUCUCGAGUGGUGGCGGCGGCGGUGAAUAG